UAAAAGCUGGUCGCUUCGUAUUGUAUUAUAAAUUGUUAUUUACAAUACAAAUAUUUAACUUCUUCCAUACAUAUUCUUCUAUUUUCAUCAUCAUUACAUCAUACCAAAUCACCUUGUACGCCACCACGUUUAUUUAUAGUUCAUAUUUUGUAUAUAAACAGAACAGAAGUGUCCACGUUAUCCAGAAUAUACUUCGUAUUUAACAGAAAAGUUACACGCAGUACAAAAUGAAAUUUUUAGUGUUAUCCUUACUAUUGUUGUACACCACGUUUUACACUGAAGCAGCUCUUGCAAGAGGAAGAUCUGGUGCAGGUCCUCCUGGGGUAUGUUUCAUCGAAAGCGAAAAUAUACUGAUUCCAAACAAUGGAAGUAUUGUCAAAGAAUGCAUCAAGUAUGAUUGCAGUUAUCCGGACUAUAUAAUUAGCUCAUGUGGUGUUGCCUUAAUUGAAGGGCCCGAUGGAAAACCUUGCAGAGCAGCAGUGGACUUGUCAAAACCAUAUCCAGAUUGUUGCGUAAGCAACAACUGCGCCUAAAUCACAACAGAUAUAAGCUUCUUUUUCAUAAAUUUGUACUUUACAGAAUACACUAAGGUAUUAUUAA